AUGGCGAGUGGAACGAAGAAGCGACGAAAGUCGCAGUCCCCGAUCCGCGGUUCAGCUUCGAAGCGCGCACGUGUUGCCUCGAAACGAACCCAACACGACGAGCCUGAUCCGCAUUCGUCGCGCGCUGGGUCUGUUAGGAACACAUACCAGGCGCAGAAGCAGAUCCGGUCAACAUCGCUACCCACUGGAGACGAUUGGGUAUUCCGCGUGAAAGUCAUCUCGUCUGCGACAGACCUGGGGAAUGAUCUAUUCAAGAAUGCAGUACAAGGGCUCGUAAGGAUCUGCUUCCCUGAGGGUAUCCUCGACCAGCUAGGAUCGCAAGUACUAGAGCAACAUAUGCGCGAGGAAAAAGCUCCGGAAGACAACAUCAAGAGAAUGAAGGAAGUCUUCCGAUCCGAGAUGGAGCAGCGUAUGGUCUCCAUGAUUGCUGAGCAUCUCGACACAGCUGCCAAAGUCGACUCGGUUUUGAGAAGGAUAUUGUCUGCCAGCGCAAGAGCUCACGGAGAUAACCUUGGGAAGAACAUCUUGGGUUACAUCACUGCUGGCCUACUCAAUCUGAACGCAAAAGUCUCUGGACAAUCGACACAAUGGCUAGCCGGCGGUGGCGCGGCAGCAACAGAAGGAGAAAAGGAGGAAAGCAGUGACGGAGAUAGUAGCACCAGCAAUAUCUCUGACGAAGAGCCUACGCCGCCGCCACCAAAGGUGAAUAUAUCCAAGAAGCGAGAAAGGAAAUCACGACGCGCGCGCUCGAAGACACCAGAUGACAUCACGGAGGAAGUUGAAGUGGAUGCUGAUCUACCGGCGACAUUGCCUGAGCAACGCACAUCGAAGGACAAAAGUCGGAAAAUCUCUCUAAAGUGGUAUCGAGACGUCAAUUCAAAAGAGCUUUCAAACACUGCUAUAGCUCGGAUCUUCUCACGCACGACCGACCUGUUUGCUUAUCAUGCAUUACCUAUCUCGAAACAAAAGCUUGGGCCCAAUGCAUCACGGAGUCAGAUUACACGUGACAUACAGUCUGCACUCGAUGCUACCCCAGCUGAGGAGUUCGAAGAAUGGGCUGAGUGUUUACAAAAGCUGCUGAAUGGCGACCGCAACAUGUUAGAGCGGCAGGAGAUGUGUACAUCGGGGGACCAGCUGCAGUCGGCUCGCGCAACGCCAGCACCUAUUUACGAUCGGACACGUUCUCGCGCAGCUGCAAAAGACCUUUCGGGUGGUAUGGUGUUCCCCAGUACUCAUCCAGGGAACGUUGGCGGGCCUUCCUAUAAGAAUACUCUCGUUAAACGCGAAGACCUUGGUUCACCAUCGGCACAUCCCGACACGUCGUCAAAGAGCUAUCCAAAUGACUCGGCAUCGGAAGCCACAACUGCCUUACGGAGUCUACCAAUAGAGCAUUCUCAUAGUCGUUCACUUGUGUCAGCUUGUCCGAUCACGUUAUUACUCUGGGGCAAGGACAGCAUCAACCCAUCUCAGUACAUUUCUAUGACGGAAACAAUCAUGGCCAAUCUGAAUCGCCGAGUCUCGGCCGAAUACGUGAGACGUGUUGGACGAGAUGACACAGAAGAAGUGAUGACAAAGACACAACUCAAAGAUGCCAUCAUCAGCGCCUUCCCCAGACCUGGAAAAUCUCUAAGCGAAACUGCUUCCCUGCAGAUUAUCGAACGAAACCUAGUACCAUGGAUAGUUCUGGAGCCGAGUGCGUUCCCAGAACUCGCAAAUAUGCCCUUCGUCUUCAUCAAUAUGAUGACGGAUAUACCGGUUACUCAGAAUCUACUUUUUGGUUCUUGGCCAGCGGCAUCAGCGAAGGAUGAGCUUCAGACAUGGUAUAGGCUCUUGGUCGCUCUCGAACAGCGAGGUAUAUCCGAAGAAUCCGCGGCCACUUGUUUCAUCGAUCAGGCACACAUCAGCACUUUUUGCAAGAAAAAGAAUCCGGAUGCAUACAAACGUAUCAUACUUGAACGCAUGCUGCGUCGAUUGGCCUUCUAUAACAGGGACAAGUUCCCGGAGCUGAAGGCUACGGCAGUGGUGAAGACAUGGGAGGAGAAGACAGGAUUGACGUGGUGA